ACAGCCACUAGGUCAGCCUUGAGUUUUUCAAGUCACUGGCUUUCCUCAUUUAUUACACACCAAAUCUUCGAUAAUGAAAAGCAAACUCUCUUCAUCAAGAAUGUGGAUUAUUGACUAUACUGCACAAGUAGUUCUUUACCUGAGGCAUUCCAAUCUGUAUAAACCCCAUUUAUGGUUGAUAAUUGUACGAGUCCAAUGUACACCAUUCUCAGCUAGCCUGAUCUAACCCAAAUCAGAUCUAUUUCUCAAGUCAAAACAUGCAGGUGCUACCAACUUCCAGGGAACCUGAUGGAAGAUCUGAGAAGUUUUUCCCUACAAAACCAGCAUUCGAUUUGGUUCAGCAGAAUCAGCAUCAACUUCUAGGCCUUUUUAGGCGGUUGAGAGACUACAAGUCUCAGUGGAAGAAAUGGAUGAUCAUCCUGCAGCUGCUCACUUUUGUCUUGCCGUUGCUUUUGCUUCUCAUCCUCUUCCAAUUUAAGGAUGGUUUACCUUCGGUUAACAUUGACAAAAACAACAAGUUGAUGAGCUUUCUUCGUAAUGUUCACCUGGAUGUGCCUCGAGGCCUGCUGCUGCUGCUGCUGCUUUUUCUGAUCACCAAUGGUUUAAGCCCCUUCUCCUUAAUUACUAGUCUUAUAUUAAUUUUUUUUUCUCAUUUGGCGUUGGAAAGACUUCAUGAUUAGUGGUAUUUGAAUGUCUCAUUCUAACUUCAAUUGAGAACUUUAAAUGUGGGAAGAAAGAAUUCUCCUGAAUUUUUUGAAUAUAUAAUUAAUUUGAUAUAGUAGAAGAUAGUUAUUAUAUAUUUCAACCAAGUUUUGGGAUGCAAAUGUGUCUUUUCCUUUGCUUGAUUGACAGCCUAUGGAGAUGGAAUUUGUUUUUACAAAACACGUUCGUCGUCAUAUGUAAAUAGUAAAAAAGAUUACAGGAGGUCAGACAUGUUGAUUACCAACGCGGUUCAAGAUAGAAUUCUUAAGAAUUUCUG